AGGGCCCGCUCGCUGCCUCCCCCGCGGACGGAAUGCUGCCGUUGAGAAGGCUUGGGCUCCUGCUGGCCUCGCUGGGCUUCCUCUUGUCCCUCCUCUCGGCCGGGCUGGCUUGCGGACCGGGACGGGGCUUCGGCAAGCGGCGGCACCCGAAGAAGCUCACCCCGCUCGCCUACAAGCAGUUCAUCCCCAACGUGGCCGAGAAGACCUUGGGCGCCAGCGGCCGCUACGAAGGCAAGAUCAGCCGGACCUCGGAGCGGUUUAAAGAGCUCACCCCCAACUACAACCCCGACAUCAUCUUUAAGGAUGAAGAGAACACAGGGGCGGACCGGCUGAUGACUGAGCGCUGCAAGGACAAGCUGAACGCCUUGGCCAUCUCGGUGAUGAACCAGUGGCCGGGGGUCAAGCUCCGCGUCACCGAGGGCUGGGACGAGGACGGCCACCACUCCGAGGAGUCGCUGCACUACGAGGGCCGGGCCGUGGACAUCACCACCUCGGAUCGGGACCGCAGCAAGUACGGCAUGCUGGCCCGCCUGGCCGUGGAAGCCGGCUUCGACUGGGUCUACUACGAGUCCAAGGCGCACAUCCACUGCUCGGUCAAAGCCGAAAACUCAGUGGCAGCCAAAUCUGGUGGCUGUUUCCCCGGAACGGCCUGGGUGAACCUGGAGCAAGGAGGAACCAAACUGGUGAAGGACCUCCAUCCUGGUGACAGGGUGCUGGCAGCCGAUACGGAAGGGCACCUGCUUUACAGCGAAUUCCUUGCCUUCCUGGACCAGGAAGAGGCCCGCAUGCACAAGCUGUUCUACGUCAUCGAGACCCGAAGGCCCCAGACACGGCUCUUGCUGACGGCGGCCCACCUCCUCUUUGUGGCCCCACCCCAGAACCGCUCUCAACCCCAGCCCAUUUUUGCCAGCCGAGUACGGCCGGGACAUCGCGUCUACGUGCUGGGCCAAGGGGGCCAGACACUGUUGGAGGCGGCCGUCCAUCGGGUGUCCCUGCAAGAAGAGGCUUCGGGGGCUUACGCCCCACUUACCGCUCAGGGCACCAUCCUCAUUAAUCAGGUGCUGGCUUCCUGCUACGCUGUCAUUGAGGAGCAUAGCUGGGCCCACUGGGCGUUUGCCCCUUUCCGCGUCGCCCACGCCCUCCUGGCCAUGCUGUACCCUGGUGGUUUUUCCUCCCCUGCCCUCCUCCCAGCGAUGGCACCCAACGAGGCUCCAGCCGGAGUCCACUGGUAUUCCCGUCUCCUCUAUCACGUUGGCCGCUGGGUCUUGGAUUCUGAGAUGAUACACCCACUGGGGAUGGCCAGCUGAGAGGGACUGUUCUCCAAACUCCGCUUUUGCCCGAUGUAAGAAUAAAAUAAUACACACCGGGGGGGGGGAAUACUAAGAUGAAGAAAGAACGAAAGGAAGAACAAAGGAAGGAAGGAAAGAAGGAAGAGCGAGAAAGACUUUAAAUCAAUAAUAACAGUAGGACAGUCCAAAGUAGACUUUUAAAGAACAGGAAGAGCCCAGGAAAGCUUUUUUGUUUUAGUUUAUAAAUAUAUAUAAAUAUAUAUUUUUAUUUGAUUUAUAUUUUUGUCUAUUUGU